CGCAAACCUUGACUGACUGUGCCUGUGUUUGUAUAUAUAUCUUCUUGCGAAGAUCUCCCUCCCUCACCUACCAAACCCACCCAUCCACCCACCCACCCAAACGACGAAGAAAUGGCUUCGUCCCUCUCCACCAAACACUUUCUCGGUGCUCAAUAUUCUUCCGAUGGACUCGGCGGCCUCGGAUUCCGCCGCUCUUACACCAAGCUCCCCUCGCCGAGCUUCCACCUGCCUGAUCGCCGAUUCCAGCAAUCCAGACGUUUAGAAAUACAGGCAGCUGGUAGCACGUACGGAACUUAUUUCCGUGUAACAACCUUUGGAGAAUCUCAUGGUGGUGGUGUAGGGUGUGUAGUUGAUGGAUGCCCUCCUAGGCUUGCUCUCUCGGAAGCUGAUAUGCAAGUGGAUCUUGACAGAAGGAGGCCUGGUCAGAGCAGAAUAACCACCCCAAGAAAGGAGACUGACACAUGCAAAAUAGCUUCUGGAAUUGCUGAUGGGUUAACGACUGGAUCUCCUAUCAAGGUAGAAGUUCCAAAUACAGAUCAAAGAGGACAUGACUACAGUGAAAUGUCACAAGCUUAUAGGCCAUCUCAUGCAGAUGCAACUUAUGAUUUCAAGUAUGGUGUAAGAUCGGUGCAGGGCGGUGGUAGGUCUUCUGCAAGAGAAACCAUUGGGAGAGUUGCUGCUGGAGCUAUUGCGAAGAAGAUUUUGAAACAAUAUGCAGGGACUGAAAUUCUAGCUUAUGUUUCACAAGUGCACAAAGUUGUGCUUCCUGAAAACUUGGUCGAUCAUGAAACUCUGACACUUGAUCAGGUAGAGAGUAAUAUUGUGAGGUGCCCGAAUCCCGAGUAUGCCGAAAAAAUGAUUGCUGCUAUUGAUGCUGUCCGAGUGAAAGGUGACUCAGUUGGUGGUGUUGUCACCUGCAUUGUUCGAAAUGUCCCAAGGGGUCUUGGUUCUCCGGUCUUCGACAAACUUGAAGCUGAAUUGGCAAAAGCUGCUCUUUCGCUACCUGCAACGAAGGGAUUUGAAUUUGGCAGUGGAUUUGCUGGUACAUUUAUGACUGGCAGCGAGCAUAAUGACGAAUUCUACAUGGACGAACAUGGUCGAAUUAGAACACGAACCAAUAGAUCUGGUGGAAUACAAGGUGGAAUAUCAAAUGGAGAAACUAUCAAUAUGAGAAUAGCUUUCAAGCCAACAUCCACAAUCUCUCGGAAGCAGAAUACCGUGACUAGAGACAGACAUGAAACAGAGCUCAUAGCUCGAGGUCGACACGAUCCUUGUGUAGUUCCAAGAGCUGUCCCGAUGGUGGAAGCCAUGGUCGCCCUCGUGCUGGUAGAUCAGUUAAUGGCUCAGUAUGCACAAUGUACGCUCUUCCCGAUCAAUCCGGCGUUGCAGGAACCUAUUAAGUCGCCCAAUAACGAGCAGGCACAAGUCUCCCUCUAAUGAUCCUCGUUAUACUAAGAAUUUUUUUCCUAUUUCGUAUUUUGAAUGUGUUUGAUUGAUGUAUUUAUCACCAAAGAUUUUUUUUUUUUUUUUUCUAUUGUUUGGGGUUUGGAUUAUGAGAUGACGUAAAAAUUUUGAAUUUUAAUAAUUAUGAUUGUGAUAUAAGUAUACGUU